AUGAGAAAUAACGGAACCAACGGAACUGAACCAUUCGAGGUGUCCAUUUUUUUCGCCCACAAAAAAAUAUAUUUAUACUCAAUUCAGGAUAGAAAUUUAAUUAAUUAGAACGAAAAAAUGGCAAAAGUAGCAACAAAAGCAUCUCCCUUAUUAGCAAGAAUAUUGACGGCAGCGAAGCCAAAAGUAAAUAUAGCGAUUCGUUAUGCAAAAGUUGAAUUGGUACCGCCGAAAUUCAGCGACAUUCCACAAAUUGGCGCCAGUGUGAAAAAAAUCAUGCACAGUGCAAAAACAGGAGCCUAUAGAGAUCUCAGCGUUAAAGAAGCCUGGCUAAACACUCUUGUUUGCAUUGAAGUUUAUUGUUGGUUUUUCAUUGGCGAAUGCAUUGGCAAACGUCAUCUCUGUGGAUAUAAUGUCUAGAAGCAAACAAAAUAAUUAAAUUCCCCUUCAAAAGAAAAAUCUCUCUCUCCCCCUCUCGAAAAAUAGAUAAUAUUAUGUAAUUAUAAUGCGAAAAAAAAAUGGUUCCAAAUAAAUGGUACUAGGUUCAAAAAAAGAAAA